AUGCUCUUAAAAAAUGAAAAUGAUAGUGAUAAUGAUCUUCACAUGGGAUCAAAUUGUCGUUUUUUGCAUUUUUCACAAGAAAAAGCGGUGAUUAAACCAAGUGAUGAAUCUAAAUAUGAUCUUUUAAAGAUUAUUGGAAAAAAAGACGAUAAAUAUUAUUUAUAUAUUAAUCAAAAUGCUGAAUUUGACUUGACUCAGUUAAGGUUUGAAAAGGGAUUUUUGUUUGAAAAAAAUGGAUCUAUAAUAAGUGCACCUGUUCGAGCAUUUAAAAUUAAUAUAGAUGAAACUAAAAUAGAGAAAAAAGAGGAGAUUAAUGAAAAAGUUUAUUCAUGUAAUCAUGAAAAAAACGUGAACUGUAAACGACCUCUCAUAUUUGAUUUAAAGCUUUCAACCGCUUGUUCAGAAUUGUUUUCUACUUCUAUCGGAUUUUCUCAUGAAAAUUCUGACCAAACACAUACACAACAUGUAACAUCUACCAAACGUAAACUGUUCGUAAAAGGUGAACUAUCUAUUUCAGAUAAAAAUAUCAGCUUAGAAAAAAAUUUUAUUGAAGAUAUUAAAAAUGUGUUGAGUGACACAACUCAUGAUAAGAUAAGAAAACUUCAUGAAAUAUCAAAAAAUUAUGGGCACUUUUAUGUACGACGUCUUAUUUUUGGAGGGGCAAUAAUAAAAAAAGAAGAAUAUACAAAAAAUUUAGUUAAAUGCUCUAAGGUAAAGGCCACUAAUACACAGUUUGAUGCCGGAAUUGCUGCAAACAGUCUUAAAGCUGAAGUCAAUAUUGCUCAUAGAAAUGAGGAUACUCAUAACAAUUCAAGUGAUAAUACAAAUAUAGUUGAAACAUCCAUUGGCGGAACUAAUUAUUCUCAAUAUGAUGAAAACACUUGGAAACAAUCUCUUAAUGAUCCGACUACGUGGAAAAUAAUUGGGUACGAAGGUGUUUAUUCAUUAUUUGAAUUAUUAGAUAAUGAAUUAAAAAAAGAAGUAUUGGGUAUCGUUGGUCAUCAAAUUUUAGAAGCAAAAGUCGAUGAAAUCAAGUUCGACAUUGAAAAAUAUGAAAAAGCUAAGAAACCAUAUACUCAUAAUUUGAUAACUAAUAUAAAUAUGAGUGAGUGCAAUAUUAUUGCAUCAAUUAAGAGCGAAGAAGGCAAUAUAUUUUCGCAACAUGUAGAAUAUAUGGAUAAAAAUAAAAAUUAUCCAGUUAUUGUUAUUCAUCACAUAAAAAUUGAAAUUAAGCUUGGAUUGGUUAUCAUUGGGCCACCAAAAGACUUCAAUUUUAGCAUCGAAUAUCCACUGGUACUCGAAAGCAAAAAAUAUCAAGUUCCUAGAGAAAGUAAUUAUCAUAUAAUACACGAGCGUAGCAUGUUUGGUACUUGCGCUUUAGAAGCUCCUCAAGUAAAAAAUAAUUCAGGUACAGGAGAAGCUACUUAUUAUAAAUUUUCUCGCAACCCAAAAGAUUCAAGAUAUGCCAUUGGUAAUUACCUUAAACAUUGUCAAAAAUCUAUGCCUACAUGGGUGUUUGUUUAUGACAUUAAAGAUAAAAAAAAAGUAACUGACGAAAAAGUAUUGGAAAAUUUGGCACUAUAUAGUUGUAUUGUCGAUAUUACUUGUUCACGUCAAAUUAACGAAUUUUUUGGUGAAAAGAAAAUUAAUUGGAUCAAGGAAGGAAAUAAGGAAAUAUUAUACAGUGAAAAAGUAUUUGAUAAAUUCCCUAAUGAUAAUUUAAUAUUAGUAAAUCAAAUAUUUGAUCAUGAUUUUAUGAAUUGUCAACCUCUCGGAUUUGUUAAUAUUAUUUCCGAUAAAAUUUGUUAUGGGCCAUUAGAUUCAGAACAACUGAAUAUAGAUGGAAAAUGUAAAUCAAUUUUUUAUCUUUCAAUUUCUCCGAAAUCUAUUCCUAAAGGAAAUAGUGAUCUUUUAAAUUUCAGUGAAUUAUGCCAGUAA